GGAGACGCGGGGACCCCGUCCCGAGGGCUGGCGGCCAGGAGCCGACUGAGCCCCUAGGACGUGCCCAGGCCGCAGCGAGGGCGCGCGCACCCCACGACCACCCUUCCACUUCGCUCCCGGCCCGCGGCCAGGCGCCCGGGAGGCUGGAGGGGCGGGGCUUCUGUGGGGGCGUGGCCACCGCGCUGGCUCCUCAGGCUUGCGGCGACCAAGGCGGAGAGCAGCGGGCAGGACGCCUGGGACGGCGGAGGCUCGAGCGCGCCAGGUCAGCCUCGACUGUCUGCAGGCUGUUGGGGAGACUCGGUUCCCUGAGUGACAUCUGAGGAGCAACCGCAGAGAGAGGAUGGCCCAGGUCCUGCACGUGCCUGCCCCAUUCCCAGGAACCCCUGGCCAGGCCUCCCCAGCGGCCUUCGCCAGCAAGGAGCCAGACCCGCCAUACUCAGUGGAGACGCCCUAUGGCUACCGACUGGACCUGGACUUUCUUAAGUAUGUGGACGACAUUGAGAAGGGCCACACACUGCGCAGGGUGGCGGUGCAGCGCCGGCCGCGCCUGGGUUCCCUGCCACGGGUGCCGGGCUCCUGGUGGACGUCCACAGAGUCGCUGUGCUCUGACGCCAGUGGGGACAGCCGGCACUCGGCCUACUCCUACUGUGGCCGCGGCUUCUACCCACAGUAUGGAGCCUUGGAGACCCGCAGCGGCUCCAACCCACGCGUGGAGCGCACGCUGCUGGAUGCGCGGCGCCGGCUGGAGGACCAGGCUGCUGCCCCGUCGUCUGGUGGCCUGGGCUCCCUGACACCCAGCGCUGCGGGCUCCACCAGCUCCCUGGCAGGCGUGGGCCUGCUGCCUCCCACGCCUCGCAGCUCUGGCCUGUCUACCCCGGUGGCACCCAGUGCUGGUCACCUGGCCCACGUUCGGGAACAGAUGGCCGGGGCCCUGCGCAAGCUGCGCCAGCUGGAGGAGCAGGUCAAGUUGAUCCCCGUGCUCCAGGUCAAGCUCUCGGUGCUCCAGGAGGAGAAGAGACAGCUCACGGUGCAGCUCAAGAGCCAGAAGUUUCUAGGUCACCCCUCAGGGACACGAAACCGGAGCGAGCUCUGCCUGGAUCUUCCAGAGGCCCCUGACGACCCUGCUGCGCUAGAGACCCGCUCAGUGGGCACCUGGGUUCGAGAACGGGACUUGGGCAUUCCAGAUGGUGAAGCUGCCCUGGUAGCUAAAGUGGCCGUGUUGGAGACCCAGCUCAAAAAAGCGCUGCAGGACCUGCGGGCGGCUCAGACCCAGCAGGUCAACCUCCAGCCCCAGGCCUGGCCACCACCAGACACGCAGAUCCGCGUGGACACCGUGCGAGUAGUGGAGGGUCCCCGGGAAGUGGAGGUGGCAGCCAGCACGGCAGCUGGGGCCCUUGCACAGCGAGCUCAGAGUCUGGAACCCUACGGAGCAGGGCUGAAGGCCCUGGCCACAUCUGGGGGACCAGAGAAGACCGUCGUGUUCCGCAGUCAUGAGGUGGUGGAGACCAUGUGCCCGCUGCCCACAGCUGCCACCGGCAACAUGCACACAGCCAAGAAGAUCAGUAUUACAGAACGGAGUUGCAUUGGUGCGUCCAGUAUGACAGAGCCGUCCUCCUCUAAUCCACGCCCUGCUGCAGCCUCUGAGCUACAGCCUGAGAACCCUGCCCCGGCUGCCCAGGAUACCACUGACAGGAAGCCCACCAGGCCAGCAGCGGCAUCACAGGACUCACAAGUGGCUGAAGGAGCAGAUAGAGCCUCCGUGGGGGUCCAGUCGACCACAAAGAGGAAAGAGGACCCCGCAGACCCUGAAGUCCACCAGAGGAACCUCCAAUUUGUGGGAAUCAAUGGCGGGUAUGAGUCCUCCUCGGAAGACUCCAGCACAGCAGAAAACUCUGAACACGAGAGCACAGAAAAUGAGGGCCCAGAGCCACCAGCAAGGGUUCUGAGCCCAGCUGACUGCCCUCAGCUCAGGCCUCCAGGGGCUGCAGUGGCCAAGACCAGUCUGGAGGGGCGCCAGCUCUCCCAGGAACCCCAGCACGUGCCUGCAGCUGAGGUGGCCUCAGGACCGGACCCUGAGGAGGAAAUUCGGAUGGACCUGAGCCCUGACCUCAUAUCAGCCUGCUUGGCCCUGGAGAAAUACUUGGAGAACCCCAAUGCCCUCACAGAGCGAGAACUGAAAGUAGCCUACACCACCGUGCUCCAAGAGUGGCUGCGCCUGGCCUGCCGCAGUGACGCACACCCUGAGCUUGUGCGGCGACAUCUGGUCACCUUUAGGGCCAUGUCUGCCCGGCUGCUGGACUACGUGGUCAACAUCGCUGACAGCAAUGGUAACACUGCCCUGCACUACUCCGUGUCACAUGCCAACUUCCCUGUGGUUCGGCAGUUGCUGGACAGUGGUGUCUGCCAAGUGGACAAGCUGAACCGUGCUGGCUACAGCCCCAUUAUGCUCACUGCCCUGGCCACUCUGAAGACCCAGGAUGACAUUGAGACCAUCCUUCAGCUCUUCCGGCUUGGGAAUGUCAAUGCCAAGGCCAGCCAGGCAGGACAGACGGCCUUGAUGCUGGCCGUCAGUCACGGGCGGGUGGACGUGGUGAAAGCGUUGUUGGCCUGCGAGGUGGACGUCAACAUGCAGGAUGAGGACGGCUCCACGGCCCUGAUGUGUGCUUGUGAGCAUGGACACAAGGAGAUCACCGGGCUCCUGCUGGCCGUGCCUAGCUGUGACAUCUCACUCACCGACCGUGAUGGGAGCACAGCACUGAUGGUGGCCCUGGACGCUGGGCAGAGCGAGAUCGCAUCUAUGUUGUACUCACGCAUGAACAUCAAGUGCUCGUUCGCUCCCAUGUCAGACUAUGAGAGUCCGACUUCAUCUUCAGCUGAGGAGUGAAUAUGGGGAGGAGCCAGUGAGUCUCCCAGGAUCCACCAGCCACAAGCCACAUAUCAAACCGUCCCUUCUCCAUCCCUCCGUCUCUUUCUGCCUUGGCAGUCAAACCCCUGCACUUCCCUGAGGGAGCCCUGACAGCUCCCAGACUCUAGCUCCAGGAAGCCUUUCCCAGCAAGCUGGGUUCAAAGCCAGUAAGCCAAGCUACAUCUCCUCCCAGUUGGCGCCAGUUGACGACGCCCGGGUGUGGGUUUCUUGUGAAGAACAUAGAGAACAAUCAUACAGCAAUUAUGGGAGGAGUGGGGGCAAGAGGGGAAAAUACUGUAUUCUUGAGUCAUUGUUAGGGGGUGGGAGGGGUCAGAAUUCAGUUGCUAAAUUUGAAUGUCACUGGAAUGUUACAGUGCCCAUUGUCCCCUCUUCACUACAGCAGGUCUCCACAAAGCCUGCUCAACACCCUUUGUCACCUCAUUUCAUUGUCUAGUGUACAAUAGGGUUUUGUGCACUGCCCUCCACCUCUGGACAGUUUCCUUAGGGCCAGGGGUGUCUCUUGUGAUUGCUUCACAAAUAAGACUGCCGUACCUUAGCCGUCUGCCUCCAGUCAGAAAGCAGGGUUUUCAUUUGUCUUUUUCCUCUCACUGUCUCUCUCCCUCUCCCCCCACCCCCACCCUUCUCUCUCUCUUUCUCUCUCUCUCUCUCUCUCUCUCUCUCUCUCUCUCUCUCACACACACACACACACACACACACACACACACACACACACGCGCGCGCAGGGCUUGUCACCCUGCAGCUGAUGUUCUGGUGGGUCCUGUGACUUGGAAAUGACCAACUUACAAGGAGAAGUUAUGCAGACCUCCCUGUUCCCCACAGGGAGGGCUUGGUAGAGGAAAAUGCUCCUAGAAAAACUUUCAGAUUUACAGACAAAAAAGAAAAAAGCCCAUUCCAGAGUGGCUCCCAGCGUCUCCGCUCAGAACCUCCCUCCUCAAAGGAGAGCAAACAGAGGAUGUGAUACUGACCAAGUACAGGCGCUCGCUAGGAAGCCCAUGUGUUCUUGAUUAAGAGCUGGCUGGCCUCAGAGCACUCCCAGAACUAGCUUAAAGUGACAGGCUUUGCUGAAAUCCAAAGGGACAAAUGAGUAGUUUUAUGCUUGUGUGUUUGUUUUUAAUGCCCUGGAGCUCCUGCUGGUGACAGGGUACAGACAGGCUGCACUUUUCUCUUACAGGGUUUCCUCUCCGUCCCCAGGCUCAGCGUGGUUAGUGGGGGGAUGUUGUUUUUGUUUUCCCUUUGUUUCUUUUCUUCAUAAAGAAGAAAAAGGAAACAGCUUCUAGAUGUGCCUUGCGAUAGGGGAGGACAUGCCCUGUCGAGUCUCCCUGUCUUAUCCAGGCCACAGCUGGGCCCACUGGGCCUUGGAGCCAAACCUCAGCAGGGCAGCGCUGAGGCUCAUGAGCUAAAGGGAAGUGUUCGCCUGUCGUCUAGACAAGUAGGUCUCUUGGUCUGAUGGAGUCUUACUCCGAUCGAGUUCUGUAGAAGGGGUUUAUCUAAGGCAUAGAGGCUUGGUUGGCAUGAGAAAAUAAGAUGGACAGGUGGAUGGACGGAUGGGUGGAUGAGUGGAUGGUUGGGUACAUGGGUGGAUGCAUAGAUGAAUGAAUGGAUGGAUGAAUGGAUGGAUGGCCAGAUGAGUGGAUGAGUGGAUGGUUGGGUGCAUGGGUGGAUGCAUGAGAUGAAUGGAUGGAUGGCCAGAUGAGUAGAUGGGUAGAUGGAUGGAUGAGUGUUGGGGUGGGCGAAUGAAUAAAUGAUCAAUGGAUGAGAAGCUGGGUGGGCCGGGGGAUGGUUGUUAUGAUGGAGUCUUCGCACGUGUAUAAAACAGAGAACCAAAGUGCAGGACAGCUGCUGGUGUCUCCGGGUGCUCACAGCCUAGGGCACAUUUGAAAGGCCAUGCUCUGAGCUGAGCCCCCAAGUUCUAGCCUUGUAGCCAGCAAGGGAGUUUAUUUAAGGUUCUGGAAGCAUCAGCUAUGACCCCAAAGUACACGCUCCUUGGAAAAGCCCUUGUCUGUUUCUACCACUCUGCUUUCUGUGUCUCUGUGGGGGCCACCAGGGUCAAACACCGGUCUCUCCUCUCCUUUCCUGUAUACUCCAUUUUAUUUCUACUUUGUGACCACGGUACGUCCAUGAAGACAGUGUUACACAUAAAUGAAGUAUUCUUUUCUUGUAAUCAUGUUUUAGAAAGUAAAAGGAUUUAAUAAAAGCUACAAAGCUGA